UGCUGAUUUCGUAAGCCGCGGCUGCUGAGGAGGUUCCGCUGGCUGCUGUGUACGCGGCGAGUUACACCUGGUGCGGCCCACUUGGCUCCCACUGCGCCCGCGAACUGGGUCUCGACGCCAGCUGCGGCCGGGUAGCCAUCUAAACAUGGACUCCGCCGGCCAAGAUAUCAACCUGAAUUCUCCUAACAAAGGUCUGCUCUCCGACUCCAUGACGGAUGUCCCUGUGGACACAGCGGUGGCUGCCCAGGCUCCUGCUGUCGAGGGUCUGACGGAGACUGAGGCCGAGGAGCUCAGGGCAGAGCUUGCAAAGGUGGAAGAGGAAAUUGUCACUCUGCGCCAGGUGCUGGCAGCCAAGGAGAGGCACUGUGGCGAACUGAAGAGGAAGCUGGGCCUUUCCACCUUGGAGGGCCUGAAGCAAAACCUGUCCAGGAGUUGGCAUGACAUGCAGGUCUCCAACGCCUACAUGAAAACUUCUGAGAAACUCGGAGAGUGGAAUGAGAAAGUGACCCAGUCAGACCUCUACAAGAAAACCCAGGAAACCCUGUCUCAGGCGGGACAGAAGACCUCGGCGGCCCUGUCCACCAUGGGCUCUGCCAUCAGCCGGAAGCUUGGGGAUAUGAGGGCUCGGCCCUUCUCACACUCCUUUAGCAGCCACUCCAUCCGCCACUCCAUAAGUAUGCCGGCCAUGAGGAAUUCUGCUACCUUCAAGUCGUUUGAGGACCGAGUUGGGACCAUCAAGUCUAAAGUUGUCGGUGGCAGAGAGAAUGGUGGUGACAACCUUCCCUCCCCAACGGGGAGUGGUGACAGACCGUUGCCCGAUCACAUACCUUUCUAAGACUGUAGCGACUUUGCCCGGCCACGGAAUAAGCACACCCUCAUCGCCACAACUGCAACUUCGAGUGGUGGGUGUGGAGGACAGUUACGCCAUCCCCAUGGAGACGUGGUCGCCGCGCUCGCAUGGGUCAAA